ACUCGUAAUGAAAGUUACAAAAUGAAACUGUAUUUUAAUAUAAUAUUAGUAUUUACAAUAUUGCAAUUAACUACCGAAAUGGAAAAUGAAGAAAAAACUUUAGUGAAAGUUGGUGCUCUUUUCUUUGAAGCCGAAGAAGAUAUCGAACUGAGUUUCGAUGCAGCUUUCAGUGAGUUAAACAAUUCGAAGUUUUUUGAAAUAAAAUUUUUGACAAUUAAGCGUUACAUACGUCGAGAUGAUAGUUGUAUGCUACAACGUCUGGCUUGCGAAUUGAUUGCUGAGGGCGUAGCAGCUAUUUUUGGACCAAGCUCAAAGGCAACGCACAAUAUUGUUGCGGAUAUUGCCAAUUCAACAGGCAUUCCACAUUUACAAUUUGAUUUUAAAGAAGGUGAGUCUUUGCCAGAAAAGCUAAAUCAUCGUAUGACAGUGAAUGUGGCACCAGCGCCAACGAUACUUGCACGUGCCUAUUGGGAUAUUAUAAAAACAAAUUAUGACUGGAAAGCGUUUACGAUAUUAUACGAGAAUGACGCAGGCCUCACACGACUUCUGAAUCUUAUGGAUAUAAACACUCUAACACAUGACUUUAUUAAGGUCAUAAAAAUAAGUGUAUACAAUGACGAUUACCGUGUGUUGUGGAAAGAAGCUGCAGAAUCAUUCCAUGAACAACGUUUUAUACUUGAUUGUGAACCAGAAACUUUGGAAGGCUUACUGAAAGUAGCGUUAGAAUAUAAUUUAUUAGGUGCGUUUAAAAAUUGGUUUCUUACAAAUUUGGAUACUCACAGUUCAAAACUGCGAUAUAUGUACAAUGAAUCCUUUCAAGCUAAUAUAACAUCGGUUAGAAUAAAAACUGUUGAUGCAAAUCCUUACGAACGAAAGAAGGCAAAACAAACUGAAAUUGAUGUUUUAUAUAGCAAUCAGGCAUUGCUCCCUAUACUGAUGUAUGAUGCUGUUAUGCUUUUUGCCAAUUCAGCACGAAAUAUAAUUCUAGAAUUAAAACAGUAUCAGGAACCUAAAAAGUCUUGUGAUAUUGAACAACGUAGUCCCUGGUAUUUAGGACUUCUGAUUACUGAUGAAAUGAAGAGUAUUUCUGAAGAUAACAUUGAGCCUCCCUUCAAAACUGAAAAUAUGAAAUUUAAUGAGUUUGGUGAACGCAUUGAGUUUGAUCUAGAAAUUUAUAAGCCAACCGUUAAUGAACCAAUAGCUAUCUGGAAACCCGAUAACAGUAUUGUACCAGUAAGUGUACGAUCGUAUAUGACUGCAGUAUCCAGUGCACAAGAUUAUUCAAUAGCACGAAAAACGUACACCGUAGUAACUCAUUUUGAGGAACCCUACUUCAUGCUCAAAGUUGAUCAUGAAAAUUAUCGUGGUAUAGAAAAGUAUGAAGGAUAUGCGGUUGAUUUAAUACAUAAAAUAUCUGAAAUCAUGGACUUUGAAUACAAUUUUAUGCUUGUGACUGGAAAUGGAAAUUAUAAUCCACAGACUAAGGAAUGGGAUGGUAUAAUUAGAAAACUGAUAGAUCAUCACGCACAAAUUGGAGUUUGCGAUUUAACAAUCACACAAACUCGUCGAGAAGUCGUUGAUUUUACUGUACCUUUUAUGCAGUUAGGUAUCAGCAUACUAUAUUAUAAUACUCCACCAGAGCCAAAGAAUCUAUUCGCUUUCUUAGAACCGUUUGACAUAGAUGUUUGGAUUUAUAUGAUGGUCACACAAUUGGUUAUGACUUUACUCUUUGUUUUUAUGGCUAGAAUUUCAAUACGUGAAUGGGAAAAUCCUCGGCCAUCCAAUCCAGAUCCAGAUGUUAUUGAAAAUAAAUGGAAUACGCGUAACUCAUUUUGGUUGAUGAUCGGAUCCAUUAUGCAGCAGGGAUGUGAUAUAUUGCCAAGAGGACCACCAAUGCGCAUACUGACAGGUAUGUGGUGGUUUUUUUCGCUGAUGGCAUUGAGUACUUACACCGCUAGUUUGGCUGCCUUUUUGACCAGCAAUAAAAUGCAAAGCGAUAUUAAGAGCCUAAAUGAUCUUGUGGAUCAAACAAAAGUAAAAUUUGGUGCUAUGCGUGGGGGUAGUACAUCGCUUUUUUUUUCGAACUCAAAUAACACGCUGUAUGCUAAAGCCUGGAAUCAAAUGAAGACAUUGAAGCCUUCGCCAUUUACAGCAACAAAUAAAGAAGGUGUAGCACGUGUACGUAGAGAAAAAGGCGAUUAUGCUUUUUUAAUGGAAACUACUAGUAUGUCAUAUAAUAUUGAACGAAACUGUGAUUUAAAAGAGAUUGGCUCAGCAAUUGGUGAGAAACUUUAUGGACUUGCUGUGCCUUUAGGUGCAGAUUAUCGUUCAAAUCUAAGUGUUUCUAUUCUGCAGCUAAGUGAAAAGGGCGAACUUUAUAAUCUUAAAAAUAAAUGGUGGAAGAAACAUAACGUCACUUGCCCAAAAUUUCACGAAAUCAAUGAAGAUGAAUUGUCCAUUGUAGAGCUUGGGGGUGUUUUUCUUGUUUUAGGUGGAGGCAUAGUCAUUGCGGUUAUUUUAGGUUUAUGCGAAUUUUUUUGGAAUGUGCGUCGUGUGGCAGUAAAAGAUAAAGUUACACCGACGGAAGCUUUUAAGGCUGAACUAUUAUUUGCGUUAAAGUUUUGGGUGCAAUAUAAACCAAUACGAAUUGCCGAGAGCCGUAAGUUGUCAAUAGAAAGUAAUCAACGUUCACCUACACGCUCAGGUACGCGAUCAUCAAGACGUUCGUCCAAAAGUUCAUCAAGGAACUCGUUUCUACGGUCGGGUACACAAAGUCAUAGCCGACAGAUCUCAAGAAACACAAACCUAUAAAUUUUAAAAAUAU